GUUGAGUGCGUCUAAAAUCACAACGUUAAUCUAGAAGGUCAUCCCCUCUAAUCGAAUCCUAGCCAGAUUGAUACACUAGCCAAUGGACCGUCGGUUCAGCGGGCAGGGUUGCGAAAUGACGUGAUGAGACUGAACCGAGGCAAUGUUGGAGGUUCCCCGCAGAAUGCAGCACAAUCGCGAACAACAUGCAGCUGAAAUGCAGUUGCAUUGCUUGAACCGGAUCGUGCACAGGUUGCAGUAAAAGGCAGGGCGUCUAAUUACCGUUCUGUCGGGUCACAGAUCUAUAAUUUGAAGCUGCUACAAAUUGUGGCAUUGAGUCGAGCUUUGCUUAGCCUCUUGGACUGUCCUGCAGGUCUCCGACCUCUAACAACAAGAUGCCUACCAAAUCACCAUUUCCAGAUGUGAAAAUCCCCGACGUGGAUCUCUGGGGCCUCAUCUUCGACAGCAAGGACCGCGACUUCCCAGACGACAAAGUUCUAUAUCGCGCUAUCAAUUCAGAUCGCAAGUACACCUUCGCCGAUGUCAAAGCGCACGCAACCGCGUUCGGGGAAGGCCUAUGCAACCUCUGGGACUGGCAAAGAAAUGAAGUCUUAGCACUCUACACACCAAACGACAUCGAUGUACCGCCAAUCAUCUACGGGACAUUCUUUGCGGGUGGCAUCGUCACGCCGGCAAACCCUGGAUACUCAGCUGAUGAGUUGGCAUACCAACUAUUGAAUUCAGAGGCAAGAGCACUCGUCACAACCAAAGCGUUUUUGAAAACCGCCUUGGAAGCGAUGAAGAAAGUCGGAAUGCCAGAUGACAGGGUGAUCAUCUUGGGUGCAGAAAGAGACGACACGCACCGCGUCAAGCACUGGACGAACAUCCGCAAAACAUCCGGCGCACUACGAUAUCGACGGAAGAAAGCUAAGCCAGAAGACCUGGCUUUCCUUGCAUACUCCAGCGGUACGACGGGUCUACCGAAGGGUGUUAUGCUCACACAUCGCAACAUUGUCGCCGAUCUACUGCAAAUCAAAGGUUCCGUUGGGCACUGGUAUAACUCCAAAGACGACAAGUUCCUUGGUGUGCUGCCGUUCUUUCACAUCUACGGGCUCACAGGACUGGUGCAUCAGAUACUGCACCGUGGGAUAGAACUCGUCGUCAUGCCGGCGUUUGAUAUGGAGACUUUCCUACGGACGAUUCAAGAGCAUCGAAUUACGUUUAUUUACGUCGCUCCACCGGUGAUUGUGCGAUUGGCGAGGGACAAGAUGGUGGAUAAGUACGAUCUUUCGUCUGUCAAGAUGAUAACGAGCGGCGCUGCACCGUUGACGAAGGAACUUGUCGAUGCUGUGCACAAGCGGCUGAAGAUCAAGAUCAACCAAGCCUACGGUUUGAGCGAAACAAGUCCCAUGACACAUGCCCAACCCUGGGACGAAUGGUACACAACCGUCGGCAGCGUAGGGAAAAUGUUCCCCAACAUGCGUGCAAAAUACAUCUCCUCGUCCGGCGCUGAACUGGGUCCUGGCAAAGUAGGCGAGCUAUGGAUGUCCGGCCCCAACGUCUUUAAAGGCUACUGGAAGAACGACGCCGCCACCAAGGACGCAAUCACCUCGGACGGAUAUUUCAAGACAGGCGACAUCGGGUUCCAGGACGAACAGCAUAACUUUUACAUCACGGAUCGAGUGAAAGAAUUGAUUAAGUAUAAGGGCUUCCAAGUCGCGCCCGCGGAACUCGAGGGUAAGUUGAUGGACAAUAAGCUCGUAGAAGAUGUAGCAGUGAUUGGCGUGCAGGAUGAGCAUAUGCAUACUGAGGUGCCGCGGGCGUAUGUAGUCGCUGCGAAGGGCAGAGGUGAGGCGGGGGAGAACGAGGCGAAGGCGAUUGUGGACUGGAUUGGGGGCAAGGUUGCGAACCAUAAGAGACUGAGGGGUGGGAUCGUGUUUGUGGCGGAGGUGCCGAAGAGUGCGAGUGGUAAGAUUUUAAGGAGGUUGUUGAAGGAGAGUGCGAAGGAUGAUGUUGCCCUGGGGAUUACAAGUCAGGCUAAGCUGUAAGGGAGGAGAUUAGGGAUGUAAGAGUGUAUCCACGACUGUCUAGAAAUCUGUGCGAUCUCAGCG